GCCGCGCACCCCCACAGGAGGGGGCGGGGAUGUCCGAGCUGCUCGCGGCCACGUUUAAACGCCGGGCGCAGGGAACGGGCCGCACGGCUGCGGCUCCCGGGAGGAAGAAGAAGAAGAAGAGGAGGAGGAGGAGGAGGAGGCGGCGGAGGCGGCACUGUUUAGUCUACCAGCCGCGGGGAAGCCGGGCGGGCCGCCUCGGCCCUGCCUGCCGGCGCGACGGCGCCCUCCCGCCCCCCUCCGGAGGCUGCCGGCUCCCGUUACGUAACGGCCGUGAGGGCCGGGGCACCGGCCCCUCGUCGGGAAGGCCGGACGGCGGAGCGCUGCCACGUAUCGCCCCCACCCCCGCCCACGUAACGGCCGCCGCGGCCUCCGGACCGGGACGUUCCCCUCAGGGCGCGCCGCGCCGCCUCGUCCCCCUGACCCACCCACACGCCGCCGCCGCCACAUAGGCGGAAAGAAAUUAGUCGAAAAUGGGAACCUCCGCCAGGACGAUAAAAAACUGCUGAAGUAUCAGAGCCUACCUAGUUCCUGGCAGUGGCUGUGCUCCAAGUCUUUGAUCAUACUCAUCCUCUUUGAACCUUUUCCUGUUUUUCACUAUCCUUUUGGAGACGACGGGCCGUGACCUGCAUACAGUGUUUGAAGACACAGGAGCAGUGCUGCUUCUAACCGAGGUCAACGUGGACUCUCAUAGCUGGAGACAGACACCACUCCCUUCUGCACAGAGCGCAGCAGAGACGGCUACCUGUAGGUGUCGGUUAUGGCUGCGAUUUAUCAAGCAGUGUAUAGAAGAGCUUCCUCUCUCUUCUGCAGGUUACACUCUACCUAUGUUAGAAAAAUGAGAUACUUAAAUGAGCUAAAGGAAGAUGAUAGCCUUUGUAGACAAGCCCAGACCUCAGGAGCUUUCUACCUCUUUCACAAUCUCUCCCCCUUCCUGCAGCAAGUUGGGGAGAAAUAUUUGGUACCACAGCUCAGUGCAGCAGAGAUGAAAAGGAUCCUGGAGAAAUUCAAAGAGACUGAACAGUGGAUAGAGAAGUCGGUGCUGAUUGGUUGUUCAGAUGAGCACGUACCACACUUUGCCCUGGAUUUAGGAGCCUUGGAGAAAUCAGUCAUUGAGUCUGAACUCAAGGGAUCAUUUACUGACUUACGGAAAGCUCUCUUCGUAGUGGAUGGGAAGGAUUCUCCUUUGCUGGCUUCGGCCCAGUCCCUUCUUCGGUGGCACGAUUCCCACCAGUAUUGUAGCAAAACUGGGCAGCCCACUCAGAAAAAUAUAGCUGGCAGCAAGCGUGUCUGCCAUGCCAGCGGAAUAAUUUACUAUCCACAGAUGUCUCCAGCAGUUAUCACCCUGGUGUCUGAUGGGAGCCGGUGCCUCCUCGCACGACAGCCCUCAUUUCCCCAGGGGAUGUACAGCAGUCUGUCAGGCUUCUGUGACUUGGGUGAAAACGUGGAGGAGACAGUCCGGCGAGAGGUGGCAGAAGAGGUGGGCCUGGAGGUGGAGUCACUCUGGUACUCAGCUUCUCAGCAUUGGCCCUUUCCCAGCAGCUGCUUAAUAAUAGCUUGUCAUGCGAUGGUGAGAGCACAGCAGGCUGAGAUCAGUAUGAACAGCCUGGAACUAGAGGAAGCCCGUUGGUUUGCUCUGGAGGAAAUCGUGGAGGGUCUCAAGAGAGAGCCUGGAUCUUCAAAGCAAGAUGACGGUAGUUUUUUACCCUGGUUUCCUCCCAAACAGACCAUUGCUCACCAGCUGAUUUGUGAGUGGGUUAAGCAGCAAACUUCACAGCCGGCUUAGGCAUGACUUCAUCAAGUCUGCGAUUCUACCAGAACUACAAAAGCUCGAUACAAAAGCUUCCAAAGUUACUGAAGGCCAAAGUCUGCGGUACAGUGAGGAUAGCACCAGGCUGAUGGCAGCUUUACACUCAGACACAUAGACCUACAAAGCCACUUCUAAACUUAUCAUCCUCAGACAACUCCAUGUACAGUGGAUCACCUUUGAGAUCCCAUGACUUGCAGUAAAUGUACAAUAAAAUUCUUAGUUCCAAAACAUCAAACUUACUGGGACCAGCUGCUGCUGUUGCCCAGCAAGCAACCGAACAGUGAGCCCCUGGCACCUACGUCCCAUUUUCCUCCAUUUUAUCCACCUUGGAUGGAUUUCAAAUGCACAAUUUUUACAGAAAAAAAAAUAAAGGGACAGUGAUGCCUUUCAGUGUUCACACUUAUAUGGAUCUGGAAGAACUAUAAAAAAAAAAAAUGGAAAAAAACCCCACUGCCUGUACGCUCUCUGCUUCUUCUGUUCCCCUUCCCAUUCAAUCUUCCAGUUUCAUGUAAAACAUCCUAUUUUUUUUUUUUGCAAAUGUUAAGUGGGCUCCUACUUUGUUGAGAUACCUGAGCAACUAAAAAUAUCUCUAGAGGCACCAUUUUCCCCACCAGUAAGACAGUGUUACUUCCAUCCCAAGGAAGAGAGAACAGAGCUAUCUAGUGUUAGAGAGUGGAAGAGCAAAACCUACAUAUAAGCAUAUUAGAAGAACCCAGAUAAUGCAAAGGUGAGAGGAACUGCUGCAAGGACUGCACUUCUGACAGAGAAAAAUCCUGAGAGGCACAAUGCCUCUUACCGUGUGCCAAAAGUCUUGCCUGGAGAGCUGGUCUUGUUUUACUGAAGAAAUGGUAUCACUUCUCUAGAGGGAGAGUGACAAAGAGACAGUCUGGGCAAGGAAAGCUUAGUAAAAGAGACAGAUGGAAGGAUGUUCAAUCUCCUGCUGAUUCAGGCCGACAGUCCUUUCUGCCUACUUGGUCAGAGUUCAAAUGCCAAGACUGUAAAGCCGUCAGUACAGAUACUUGAAGGGAGAACAGGAAUGUAUCGACUGCCACCAUUAGGAUUCACUGUAGGUGAAAAAGCAGUGGUAAAAAUCUGGAGUCAUGACACCUAAGCAGUAAGUAAAAAAAGGCAGCUUUCUCACACUGUUGAGACAUGCUUUGUUUCCUCAGAGUUAAUUUUACUUUAGGAGGUUGGGAGGGGAUUCUUUCAGGCCAUGGCGGCAUGUGCAAACACCUCUCCCACCCCCACUAACUCUCAGUCAAUAAAACCCAUGAGCCGGAGCAUGCCUUAUCAAGUUUGUGAACUUGUCUGACCUGUCAGUCAUCCUGGUAAGAAUGUGCUCUGGUACAGCUAAGGGCAUUGCUUCCUCCCCUCCAGCCCAGCCAGACACACCACAGGAGCCCACACACCACUGAACUAACCUGCAACACUCCUGCAUCCAGUUUCCUUUGAAACAUGUCUCACUGCCCCUCUUUGUAGUAGUUCGUCCUGCUUUCACUCCAAUCACACCAUUUUAAUUCCCCAGCAUUUACCUCUUCCUCUCUCAUCUCUGGAAUCUGCCAUUUUCAUUUUCAGCCUCACCCCCUUCUUCCCCUUCUCUGCAGUAGAAGAUAUUGAACAGUUAGAUACCCGCCAGCAAGAUGUUGCUGCUUCUCAUCCUCUUUCCUAGUUCUCCUUAAUGCCUUCCCAGCUCACCCUUAUGUAGUUCAUUAAUGGGGCCCGAGCUUGCUUCCAGUGUACAACAUCUAGCUCGAUGUACUUAGUACUAUUUAAUAUCCACACAAGAUCUGUUCUCCCAGUGGCAGAAAAAGGACUAAGAAGUAAAAGCAGCAAAAGGUAGUACCUAUGAGUGAAAGGAGGAAUGGCUGUGUGAUUUCUGCAGUAAUCUGAGCUUUCUGUGUUUUGUUUUUGUACUUCUACAGUACAUAUUUGCAGUGUAUAUGUCUGUCAAACCAGCUGCAGUGUGAUCAGAUUCAACAUAGGAGAAAACUCACCUGUGUUUGGGAAACACUGGGUUACCCUGCUUAUCAAAUUAUGUUUUUUAAUGUCAAAAUGCAGGCUAUCAGUGAGCUCUAACUGAAAGUAGACUGACACCAGCUCCUCCUGAACUGUCCCUUCUACAUUGCUGAUACAGACCUGUCUUGGUAGGGUGUCCCUUUGGGGUGAUGUGGGCACCACAGCAGAAGGCAGGCUGGUCACAGGAGGUGCAAUCGUUACUGCUGUCCCCUUGCUCAAUUCUGGUGGGCCAGACACUGCCCAGGCUGAAGCUGCUAGAUAUCCACAGGCUUCAGGGCAACACUUAAGAGUCACAGUUUGCCUAAUACUCUGACUAUACCAGGCUUUUUCAGAUUGCAUUAGUUACUGCCUGUUUUCUACAAGAAGAAAGUUAGAGGAAAAGCAAAGCUAUUUUCUCAUUUGUUUGCUUCUGUGACUCAUCUUUUAAAACACAGUUUUAAACGUCUGCAUGUUCCUUUUAAUUAUCAAUAAGUCUUUUCAAUCUACUCAAAUACUUUAUUUUGGUAGAGCGAGAACAAUGACAAGGCAAUAUUCUCAUCACGUUUUUGAAGAGCCUUAAAUUUUAAGCUUAAUUGUUUUAUAAAAUCCUUAAUCCCUACCCUUCUGACAUAGGUAUGAAACAAUAAUGGUGGCCUCUGUUCCUGAUGUUAAGAAAGCAGGAAUGAUUAUAGGCGAUACACAGCUAUGAACAGGACAGAAAAACAAGAUGAGAGACAUUGUUCUCUCUUGCAUAUGCCUCAGAAACCUCGCUGAAGCCUGAAUAAUACUCAUUGCACUCAAGACAGAACAUGCUCCACAAAGGCAGGUGACCUGGAAAAAGAAAGAGGCAAUUCCUCUGAAGAUGCUUCUUCAACAAAACACAGCAGGGCUUUCCCAUAUAAAAGAUAUCAGGCAGGCAAAAUGGACGUAGCAACAUAUUUCUCUCAAAACCACAUCCGUUAAAUGAAUCCUCUUUGGGGACACUUGGCUUGUAUAAAUCACUGAGACUCCACUGCUUUCAGAGACUGCAAGGACUUGGGACUUAGAGCAAGACCUACCACUGAAAAGCAGUCAGCCUGUGGCAUUACAACCCGGUUGUUUAUAAGUAUUACCAGUCAGCAGGAUACAUGGGCAGCUAUAAAAUAAUAAUGUUCGUCUGAUUAAUUUGAAAUAGCUUUUUGGAGAGCAAUGCAGACAGGUUCAGAGCAGCAUUCCACCUACCUACCAAAAGCAGCAGGGCAUAAAAGUUACGUUUAUCUCCAACAGGUGCCAGCAGAGAAUGAGAUUAACCAAACCAAAUGAUACAACUUGUCUAUCUCUGACUGAGGAAGCUCAGAAAAAUCUUACCUGGAAAUGGUGUGGAUUGGUAAUUCACUUACCACAUGCUCUCCCAUCACCUUGGGCUGCUCUGCUGCUGUAUGGAAAGGUCGCAUUUUCCUACCCAGAGGGGUGCUCAUCCAUUGUGAAUGGCAGAAAGUUUGACUUCAGCAUUACAGGUCAAGGAGGAAGCUCUUACAUCAAGAAAUUACUUCACCUUAAAACAUGCUCUGAGGCAUGGUGGACACGUGCUGAAUCUGAUGUUUAGCCUGAGAGGACACGAGCACUUAAUGGAAUGCCCUGACAACAUGACUGUGUUAAAGUCAUUUUUCAGGUAAUCAUUUUUCAAGUAACCAUGAGCAGUUCAACUCUGGCAGCUGCAAGGGACAGGUCAUCAGAACAACUUGUAAUUACACAAAUAAAAUUCCUGUGCUUCAGUCUGAAGCACUACUGCAAUGAAUUCAGCAGCCCCAGCCUUCAGCUCUCAUUUGAAACUUGUUCACUUUUCAACUUAGCAACAGAUGGCAAGCAGCUGUGUAAGGGAAAAAAUAUUGCCAGAUGUCAUUCAUGCAACAAUGCAUACACCUGGGAGUGACUGAGCACCACCAAAACUACUUCUGUUAAAAAAAAAGAGGCCAGGUUGCCAAUCUGGAAAUGGUGUGACUUGCAUUUUCUUUAAGACCCAUCAGUGGUAUUUUGUAGACAACCAGGUGCACUCACUCAGUGAUGUCCAGAAUCAUCAUUACAUGGAGAAACUGAAGCUGGCAUCAGCUGUCACAAACACGUCACAAACAUAGGAGCAGAAACACAAAGCCUCCCCAGCUCCCUCACAGGGAGAGCAGUAUUGGCACAGGAACAGAAGAUGCUGACACAACACCCUUCUCCACUGGUCCCUAUGCUCAACUGUAUAUAGCAUCUUUUUCUAUAGCAUUCUCCACAAAACUUCACAUCUAAAGAAAAUACAGCUACAGAGAUAAAUAACAGAAGUUAGAAGGCAAGGCAAGGAAGAGAUAUUUUUCAAUAAGAAUUGAAGUGAUUGGGGGAAAAGAGUGAUACACGGUAAGGUCAUUCUAACUAUUAGUGGAAAUAAUGCAAAUGGACACAGAAGAUUUAUUAGUAUAUUAAUAGAAGCAGAAAAAGAAGAAAGAUGAGGUUUGGGCUAGGGACAGAAGCAAAUGCAUACAUCACUUUUAUUAAUAAGUCUAAGAAUCUCAACAAGGUCUUUUAAGGAAUAGGAAGCUGAAAAUUCAUAAAUGGUAAAGGUGGACACUGCAGUCAGGGUGCUAAUUAAAUGUAUGUUGGACGAGGACAAGAGCAGCUAUGCAGCUUUACCUAUGAAACAUUGUUGACCGGUUUGUUUAACAGGAAUACAGCAAAAGCAAAUAGAUACUGCACAAAAUUCAGUAACUGUGAUCUGUCUGAACAAUGAAAACCUGGGAAGCUUUUAUUAGUGAAAGAAAAUAUGUCUACAGUCACAAGGUGUACAUAGUAAUGAUCUGAGGAAAUACGAUAGUUAAAUAUGGCUGCUGUUAGUAUGCAACGUGGAGAAUGCCUCUAUUAAACUAGAUUAUAUUCCAGCACUAACUGUACGGCCUUAUAACUGCAGGUAAGGUUAAUAACCCUCACCAAUUUAAAAAAAAAAAAAAAAAAAAGAUUUGGUCUGAACUAAUUUAGAUUAACAUCACUGCAGUCAUUGGAUAUCAUUACUCCUUUUUCCCCAUCAAAUUAUAAAGUCUUUACUGGAAAUACCUCAUUUUCUCCCUCCUACCUGCAACACUGGUCAAGUCACUACGUAUUUUUUUCUGAAUAAACUGAGCUUUACCUUCA